AUGGAGAAUGUUCGCAAACGAGUUGAUGUCAGAAUUGUUACUGAUGAGAAACAACAUGUUAAAUUAGCAAAUAAAACCAGCAAGGCGUAUGUUGAUGCAGAAAACGGUAAGCAAAACAUUGCUAUUGCCGAUAAAACCAACAAGUCUUAUGUUGACAACGCUGAUACGGCUCUUCUGAACAAUAUCAAUGGAACAAAACAAGCAUUGUCUGAAUUAUCGGAUAAAGUAGAACAAGUAGACAAUAAAAAAUUGAAUAUUAACGGUGGAACUUCCAUGAAUGUGGAUUUAGAUAUGAGAAGAUCUUUCUUGUCACAAUGGGCGUUACUGAAUGUCCCAACAAAAUUUCGCCACGUUUAUGUCUAUAGGGACACACUUGUAUGUGAGCUGUUAAAGGACUCUCAAUUUCUCAAUCCCAACUCAUCUGACGCACAGAUUCAUACAGUUGUCAGCGGUGCUUUAGACAGGCUUCACUAUGAACGUGAUCCGUGUGUUAAAUACGACAGCAACAGGAAAGUCUGGAUAUAUCUUCACCGGAACCGCUCCGAGGAAGAAUUUGAAAAAAUCCAUCAAGCCAGCGCAGCAGCUGCACGAGCUAAGAAGAUGCAGAAGCCCAAAGUGACAAGACAACCGAAGAGCAAAGAGACAUCAGCGCCACCCUCCCUCCCAAUGUCUAUGCAACCACAAGAUCAGAAACAAGAAGAAACUGCUGUUGAUCCUACUCCGGUUUCCAUCCCGUCAACCCACCGUACACAACUGUCGGCGUCUACAUCAUUCUCACAAGCUGAAAGCGUAACAGACCAAUCACAGGUGAAAGGUCCAUCAAGGCUUAACACCGCUGACCUAAGCCUUGCUGACUCGCCUGGCCGGAAGUUCACUAGUGCUCUGAACACGCAUACCAGUGUACUGAAUACUGCUGAUGAGUCUGUGGAUGCAAGUCCUCUUCAACUUGCUGUAGUUUGUGAUGAUUUGCAAGGUGAUGUAGGAGAUUCGCGUAAAGGCAGCUGGAGCAGUGAAGAUGAGAGUUCAGAUGGCAGUAGUGCCAGUGAUCAUGAAAGCGACAGUGGAUCGGCGGGGAGUAGCAGCGAAGGUGUGAGGGAAUUACAUCAAGGAAAAGGCAAAACUUUACCAGGGGUAAAUCACAGGUUUUCUGCCGCUGAAGAACUCCAAGACAAUCAGCCUAUUGACGACAAAGUGGGUUAUGAUGCGGACGAUACCGAGGGCGGCAGACCGGAAAACGCUGAAAGUAGCAGUGAGCAGGGUAAACUACAGAUAUUAUUCACAGAUAGUUGAUUUAUAAUGGUAAUUGAACUGAGUGGAGUG